AACUGUUUUGGUUUAUCAGUGAAUAUAGUUAAUACACUAACAAUUAUGAUGCAGCAUCAACCGGGAGGGAGGAAGUGGCCAGUGAGAAUGGCGUCAUAGCUAACAACAGAGAUCACAAACCGUCCAUUUGCCAGCGGACGUUCGAAGGAGAAACACACGGGAGCCACGCACACAUAAUUUGGUUAUAAAUAUACUUUAACUAACUGAAAAAAAGCCAUAUAUAUUUAUUAAAUAUUAAUUACAUCAUGUCAAACUUAAUUAAGAACUUUGCCCGCCCCGACAAAGCCGAAGAGGUAGUUACCUUUGGUAGUUUGGAUGCUUCAACCCAAGAGCUGCUAAAGGCAGCUUUUGCCGUCCGUCAACAUGCGUAUGUUCCUUACAGUGGUUUCAAGGUGGGAGCUGCAUUUCGCGCCAUACCCUCGAAUCAAAUCUUCACAGGUUGCAAUGUGGAGAAUGCAGCAUUCACACCAUGUUCGUGUGCCGAGCGUACAGCCCUGACCAAGGCCGUGAGUGAAGGUGCCAGAGAAUUCUCUGUGGGUGCCGUUGUGGCCUAUCAGGAGGAUGUUUUUACACCUCCGUGCGGUGUGUGUAGGCAAUUUAUACGUGAAUUUGCCACCGUUGAUAUUCCUAUUUAUAUAGGACAGGCUCUAGAUCAUAGACUUGAGACUAAGGAGGAUCCUUUUCAUCCCGAUGAUCCAAUUUUAUCUACUUCAAUCUUUAAUCUGUUGCCAAGCAGUUUUCACACCUAUCGGAAGUAAUAAUUUUGAGGCAGUUCAAGGUUGGCGAAAAUCCAGUUCAAUAUCAAUCUACAUCUAAUUGUAAUCUAAUCUAAUCAUUUUUAAAAUAAAGUAAAAAUAACAGUAGUAAACAAAA